AAGGAAGAGAAGAGUCUUGAUGAUAUUUUUUUUCUCAGGAGGAAAGGUUCCUUAAUUGGCCAGCAUGGAUCACAAUAUGAUCAGGACAAUUAUGCAUACGGCUAUGGCUCUCUUAUCUUUUUUCAUCUCAAAGUUCAGUGUGUUACCUUCACUAUUAUUCAGGAUCAUGAUCUGGACUAAGCGUCUGAAAAUGGGUGUGAAGGUGAAAUACCUCUAUAAUGAAGGAUACCAAUUCAGCUACUUCACCCGAGGGGAACCCGGAUCCCGACCAUCUGUGCUGAUGCUUCAUGGAUUCUCACUCAACAAAGACAUGUGGUUAAAUACCAUCGAAGUCUUUCCUAAGGACCUCCAUUUGGUCUGCCUUGAUUUGCCAGGUCACGGGGGAACCACUUGCUUGCUUGGAGAAAGUUACACAGCAGUUGCUCAAGCUAAAAGGGUACACCAGUUUGUCCAGUGUGCUGGCCUGAACCAUAAGCCCUUCCACCUAGUUGGCAUGUCCAUGGGAGGCAUGGUUGCUGGGGUUUAUGCUGCUCUCUAUCCAGCCCACAUCUCCUCUUUAGCCCUCUUCUGCCCAGCUGGUGUGAGGUAUUUAACUGACAGUGAAUUUUUUGCCCAGUUACAUGAGCUGAUUUUCUCUAAGGGCUCUGUGGAGAAUGCUAUUAUCCCAGUUACGGAAGAGCACUUGGAAAACUUCCAAGGUUUUCUGGACCUCACCAGCAGUGAAUCGAGGUACAGCCUCCAUGAGAACAUGAGGAAAAUCAAAGCUCCCACCCAGAUCAUUUGGGGAAAGGAGGACAAGGUUUUUGAUUCUUCGGGUGCAGCAGUUCUGGCAGCUGCCAUUCCUAAUUCCCAAGUGCAUUGGCUGGAAAAAUGUGGUCACUUCAUAACCCUCGAGAGGCCCAGGACAUCUGCAAAGCUCCUCUUGGAAUUCUACAAAUCGGUCUGUGGCUCAGCCAAGCAGAAGAAGGUGGCCUGAGGUUCAGG